AUGGAGGAAACAAUGACUAGUUCUCAGGGUGGAGAAUCUGAUAUGGAUUGCUCUGACAAUGAAUAUUAUGAUGAAUAUUAUUAUAACUUGAACGAUGAUAGCGAUAUUGAACAAAUCGAUCCGAGGAAGAUAGAUCCGGAGUAUUUUGAAUUUAAGUGUCUUUUUGAAGAAGAAGUUGAUAGACUUCUAAACGAAACUGUUGAAACUUUAAGUAACAUUCUCCAAAUAUCUCCUUCGUUAGCAAAAGUUUUAUUACAUAGCCACCAGUGGAAUAUAAACGAAGUGACUAGAAAAUUUCACGAAAACCCGUCACAUACACUAGUUUCCUCUAGAAUUGAGCCUGCAACCACUCCUAAUACCAUAUUAUUGACAAGGUAUAUCACCUGCCCUGUCUGUGUAACCCCACAGCCACUAGAUAAGUUUUAUAGUUUGUCAUGUGCACAUAUGUUUUGUAAAGAUUGUUGGACAAUGCAUUUCGAAGUACAAAUUAAUCAGGGAAUAUCUACUGGUAUAGCUUGCAUGGCUCGUGACUGCGUUGUUCUAGCACCGGAAGAUUUUGUUUUGAAACAUUUGCAUCGUCCAAAUAUGCGGGAGAAGUAUCAGCAGUUUUCGUUCCAGGAUUAUGUGAAAUCUCAUCCAGAAUUAAGGUUUUGCCCUGGCCCAAACUGUUCCAUUGUUGUACAUAGCCGCGAAAUAAAAGCUAAGAGGGCCACCUGUAGUCAGUGCAAAACCAGUUUCUGCUUCAGAUGUGGAUGUGACUACCAUGCUCCAACGGACUGCCAAGUCAUAAAGAAGUGGUUAACGAAGUGCGCAGACGAUAGUGAAACAGCAAACUAUAUUAGUGCUCAUACCAAAGACUGUCCCAAGUGCCACAUAUGUAUCGAAAAAAAUGGCGGCUGUAAUCACAUGCAAUGUUAUAAUUGCAAACAUGAUUUUUGUUGGAUGUGUUUGGGAGACUGGAAGUCACAUGGUUCAGAAUAUUAUGAAUGUUCAAGAUAUAGGGAAAAUCCAAAUAUUGCUCACGAGUCGGUGCAUGCUCAGGCAAGAGAAGCCUUAAAAAAAUAUCUUCACUACUACGAGAGAUGGGAAAACCAUUCGAAAUCCUUAAAAUUAGAGGAGCAAACUUUGGAAAAGCUUAGAACCCGUAUAAACCAAAAAGUGAUGUCAGGUUUAGGAACCUGGAUCGAUUGGCAAUAUUUGUUUACUGCUGCGAACUUAUUAGCAAAAUGUCGAUAUACUUUACAAUAUACAUAUCCAUAUGCAUAUUAUAUGGAUGCCGGUUCCCGCAAAGAACUAUUCGAGUAUCAGCAAGCACAACUAGAGGCUGAAAUAGAAAAUCUGUCCUGGAAGAUUGAACGUGCCGAGACAACCGAUCGUGGCGAUUUGGAAAAUCAAAUGGAUAUUGCUGAGAAACGACGUACUACCCUUUUGAAAGACUUUUUAGAUGUGUGAUAUUUUUCUUAGAUGUAUUUAUUUGUUUAGUUUUUACUAUUUGCAAUGUUGCCAAUGUUUAAGCAGCUCAUUAUGUCAACUAUUAGACUGUGAUGAAAGCACCGUAACAACUUACUUUCAAUCUAAAUUAUUUGUAUCGGUUUGUGUGAUUUUUUUGUUAUAUUUAUUUUUGUUUUUCUAUACAAACAUUAGAAAUGAAAAUUAUGUGGCAGGAUAUAAUUUAUGUAAUAUUUUAUACGUAGUAAAGAAACCGUGUAAGUUGGCAAAGGAUGUUGAAAAUAUCGUACUUAGUUCUUUGCGCACCAUUUUAUGAAGCAAAAUGUUUCAUAAUUAGCCUUAGAUGGAUUCUAAUGCCACGAUUAUUAUUCUAAAAGUAGAACACCAAAAAGUUUUUGCUGGAUAUCGUUUCUACUUGGAAGCCUUAAUAAAUCCUUAAUGUAACGGCCACUUAUAAUUCCAUAUUUUCUACAGAUCUUUGGAAAUACUUGUUUGGUACUUUAAAUUUUUAAUUUAUCUUGGUGUUUCACAACUUAAGAGGAAAAUAAACCAAAAACAGGCACAUUUGCAAACAUAUAUCUAGACCUCAGUUAUUUUGAGGGUAAAUUUAAAAUUUUUCAACAGGUUUUCUAAAUGUAUGAAAAAGUUGUGUAUUAAGUAAUUCCAUAUUUAUCAAAACUUUUUGACCAGCUGCCAGAACGAAACCUUAACGCAUUUGUAACGAACACUUUUUUAAUUACGUAUUUAUGUUAACUGGCCAAAAAGUUUGAGAGUAAUUCCAAUCUACCAUUUAAAACUUAUUUGUUGUCUGUCAAAAUAUCAAUUUCUAUAUGUUGAUAAACAUCUAACUUGUGCAAAUCAUAGCGAUGUAGUUAAAAUAUAUAUUUUAUUUCACAAAAAUAAUUUUAUGUUGUUAGGUACUCUAAUUUUAUAUUUCAAUAUAAAUAAACCUAUUUAUUUAAAUGUCUGUACAUAGUUUAUAUACUUUUACAUCAACCUUGAAAUGCUCUACCACAUUGCAGUCGUUAUUGCUUUUGAUACAAUAUUUUAUCAAAAGGGUAUUAAUUACAAAGCAGCUAUUAAAGCCACAGCUAAUAACUAAUAUGAAAGGAUGAAGAAAAUUAGCAUUAAUUAAAAUAUUUUAAUAUAGUAGCCUUUUUCAUAUUUAUUGGCUGGGUUACUGGCAGAGCACUUUAAAUUUUUGUGUAAUAUUUUUAAAGUAUUAAAAUAGUUUUAUUCUC